AUUUAAAUAUAAAUAUUUCAUGUUUUCUUAUAUGAAUAUUUGUAUAUGCAGGUCGUUUUUAAUUGCAUCUGUCACAUAUUUUCCUAAAUCAUAAACCCAGAAAAGCUGAGUCACGUCACAUCAUUGUUCAGAAAUAAGCUGGUGGAGUCGUGGUUUAACUUGUUUGCCAAGUAAAUAAAAUGAACAUGGAGACGAGGCAUUAUGUUGGUUUUUCGACGUAUUUAAAACAUUAAAAAGAGUAUUGUAGCGACCUUACACGAUUAAUGGCGAAGACCAAAUAGAGACUAUUGCUAUACACUAGCGCUGGUAUUGUUAGCAUUCUUGUAAAACAUGCCCAGUUUAGUUAUACUUUUGGGUAAACAACUGUAAACGCCUGGAGGGAAAAUUCCGCCCAACCCUAUAGUUGAAGAGACUGAUGUGACUAACACAGUCCGGUCCUGAAUUUCAGAGAUUAAGCUUGUUGAUGGAAUCGAAGUAACUUUUGAUUUUAAGAAAAGCUUUAUCUCUAUUAGCUAUCUGUAAUCCGUUGUUGAUACUUGGGAUUGGUUGAAGCCCAGGAUCUACGCAUCAGAUAUAUAUUUAUAUUUCCAGCGGCAUCAUCGAGUAACGUGCUUUGGUUAGAUCAUGAGUGUUGUGGGAUCCAGUCUGUCAGGCGAGCAGGAGAGGAAGCUGUUGUCUCUAUUCAACAAUGUUAGACUCCACCUGCUUUACAAAGCCAGCGUCCAUGGAUACAUGCAUCAAGCCUUUCACAACCGCUGUGAUGGACAAGGACCCACCAUUCUCGUGGCUUACAACAAGACUGGGUUCAUUUUUGGAGGAUACAUCAGUAAGGACUAUGCCGGGUCCAGAAUAGAGAUCCACGAUGACCAAGCCUUUCUUUACAGUAUCACAAACCAGAGGGAUAAGCCAUUGUGUGUGUUCAGCUCCAAUGGCCGGUAUGGUUUCAUAGAUGGAGACUAUGGUCUGAAUGUCGGUGUCUUGUGGUUUCUGAAUAAUAACACAGCCACAGUUCAACAAUUGCCAGGGAACAGCUACAUCUUUGAGCCAGAAGAGAUGCAUGGCAAUGAUCUGCAGCUGACAGAGUGUGAGGUGUACCGAGUUGAGCAACGUGGCGACAUACUAGAGAAGCCAUGGAGGAAUAUCAACUGGGAAGGAUUUAGUACCAAACAGCGUCUAAUGGACUACAUUCAGAACUACAAGCCUGAGGUGAACUCAGUGGUCCAAGCCAGAGUUCUCCUGGUAGGUCCAGUCGGGGCUGGAAAGUCCAGCUUCUUCAACUCCAUCAACUCUGUCUUCAAAGGACAUGUCACUGGGCCGGCCAACAGCGGCAGUGCAGGCACCAGCCUGACCACGCAGUUCCGUACCUACAACAUCAAGGCGGGGCAGGACAGGAGUGCUCUUCCUCUGGUUCUGUGCGACACCAUGGGCCUGGAGGAAGGACUUGGUGCUGGUCUGGACAUAGAUGACAUCACCAGUGUCCUGAAAGGCCAUAUACAAGACCGAUAUCAGUUUAACCCAUCCACGUCUAUCCAGAGUGACAGCUCCUUCUUCUGUAAGUCGCCCAGCCUGAAGGACAGGAUCCACUGUGUAGUUUACGUACUGGAUGCCUGCAAGAUCUCUCUCAUCUCUGCAAAGAUGGUGGACAAGUUCACUGCAAUCCGCAAGAUCGUCAACAAGCAGGGAGUGCCCCUGCUGGUCCUGUUAACUAAGGUGGAUGAAGCCUGUCCUCUAGUAAAAGAAGACCUGACCAACAUCUACAUCAGCCACUACAUAGAGAAGAUGAUCCGUGAGGUGAGCUUGUGUAUCGGUGUGUCCCAGUCAUGUGUUGUGCCGGUGAAGAACUACAGUCGUGAAUUUGAGUUGGACGUGAAUACUGACAUCCUGCUGCUCUCUGCCGUGGUCCAGAUGCUUCGGUACACUGACGACUACUUUGAUGACCUCUAUCAGGCUGGGGACCAGAGGCCAGAGACGCCCGAUUCUUGAGAAACUAGCACUGUGGGAAUGAUGGGAGUCAUUUACUUAUACCAUAAAAACAAAUUAAUUAAAUACAAGACAAUUCCGCAAAGAACUGAAUUUAAAUCUAACACAGUUACAUUAUAUUUAUAACAUGGUAAUAUGGUACAUUUGCAAGGGGGGCUGUAACUGUUGUUGGGUGUCAGGCCAAGAAAGUCAUAUGUCAUUUCAGGAGUGGUGAAUGUAAUGAAGGCUUAGAUAGGGUUAUAGUGAUCUGCAAAAGACAUGGCUCUCAACCAUAGCGAUAUGUCAUGCUAAACGUGUAUGAACGUAUUUAUGAAUGUGCCUCUGUGUAACUUUGUUAAGUCAUACCUUAUAGUCAGGUUUCUACUCAGCUGUUAAUUUAAACUCUUUUGGAUGCUCAAAUGAACAAUAUCUCUAUUAUCACAGAAUAUGAGGUCAAUCUGCAAGUCAUUCUGAAAUGAAUUAAAUCUUUGUUAGAAGCCAAUGAGUUUUAUCUAGAAAGCAGAUUUCUCUUGGGUGUUCUUAUGUCAACGAAACAGAGGUAAUGGUUAAAUUAAUCAUCUGUACGUUCAGACAAAUGUGGUCUAUCUGGGUUUGAACCAGUGUUACAUUUGAGUGUGCAUGUUACAUUUGAAUCCUGUACCCAAUUAUAGCAAAGACCAUUAUGAUACAAAACAAGGUAUGAACAGAGAUUCAAUCCAAGGGAGGUUUUGAGAAAAUUCUAGAACCAUACUAGAUAUUUCCCAAAGGUGUGUCUUGUCAGAUUGCUUUGGCAUCUGUUCAAUCUGCUCUGUCUUAGUCAAUAAGCAUCUCAUAAUAUAGAAGCUAAUGUGACCUUUAAAUAGACCUCUGUGAUAGCUGGUUAUACAUUUACUUUAGUUCAUUGCACUUACAAUUUUCUCUGGAAACCAAAUGACUAAAAUGUACAUGUAAAAAUAAAUACUUAUUAAAUGUUA